UAGGAGAUGGAUUAGCCAAGAUCAUUGGACCUGUAUUCCUCUUCCAAGCUAGCUUUCCCUGUGAUAUUUGUAUCUUACUAGGAAAUCCUUUUCGAUAUUCCAAGGUACAAGAGUGUGCAACGAUAACGAUGUUGUCUAGAAAAGCAAGUUGUGAUUCGCAUGGGCAGGACUCGUCCUACUUCCUAGGAUGGCAGGAGUAUGAGAAAAAUCCGUACGACGAAGCUAGAAACGCCAGUGGAAUAAUUCAAAUGGGGCUCGCCGAAAAUCAGCUCUCUCUCGACCUGAUAGAGUCAUGGAUAGAGAGAAAUCCAGAAGCGACCGGGUUGCGACGUGGAGGAUCAUUCACAUCCGCAUUCAAACAACUUGCCCUCUUCCAAGACUAUCACGGUUUGCCCGCUUUCAAGGAGGCCUUGGCAGAUUUCAUGGCAAAGAUAAGAGGAAACAAGGUGAAGUUUGAUCCCAACCGGAUUGUUCUCACAGCAGGCGCAACUUCAGCUAAUGAAAUUCUAAUGUUUUGUCUCACUGAACCGGGAGAUGCUUUCCUUGUCCCUACGCCUUACUAUCCUGGGUUCGACAGGGAUCUUAAAUGGAGAACUGGGGUGGAAAUUGUUCCUAUAAACACAUCCUCAUCGAACAACUUCAGGGUCACUGCCUCAGCCAUGGAAGAAGCCUUCUCACAGGCUGAAACCCUAAAUCUCACGGUAAGGGGCAUCCUCAUCACGAACCCCUCGAACCCGCUUGGCACGACCAUGGCCCGGGACGAGCUAGACAACAUUCUACAAUUCGUCUUGGCCAAGAACAUCCACUUAAUAAGUGAUGAGAUCUACUCAGGCACGGUGUUUCACUCACCGGGCUUUGUGAGCAUCUCCGAAGUGGCAAGGGACAACGGAAUAGGCUUGGACCAGGUCCAUCUAGUAUACAGCUUGUCCAAGGACCUGGGACUUCCAGGCUUCCGGGCUGGGCUGAUCUACACUGGGAAUGACGCGCUCAUAUCCACCGCGACCAAGAUGUCGAGCUUCGGGCUUGUGUCAUCCCACACCCAGUUCCUUCUUGCAGGGAUGCUCUCCGAUGAGAACUUCACGGGGCAGUACAUAAUAGAAAAUCGAGAAAGGCUGAGGAAGAGGAAGGAGGAGAUGGUUAUGGGCCUCAGGGAAGCGGGAAUAGAGUGCUUGCCGGGGAACUCGGGCCUGUUUUGCUGGGUUGAUAUGAGGAGGUUGCUUAAGUCAAGAACGUUCGAGGCAGAGAUGGAGCUAUGGAGGCAGCUGAUUUACGAGGUCAGGCUGAACGUCUCCCCUGGGUUGGCCUGCCAUUGCUCCGAGCCCGGCUGGUUCCGAAUCUGCUUCGCUAACAUGAAUGUACGGACCCUCGAGGUUGCCGUGACGCGAAUUAAGGCUUUCACCGUCUCCAUGCAUGUCGACUGAUAAGAAGUAAUUAGUUGGGUUGAGGAUAAUCAAGUAUCUCAUGCUAUAUUCACAUUGUGGGUCCUAAAUUAAUGGUCCCAGACGAGAGAUAGUUUAUUAAUAUAUGCAAAGGUUUCGAGUGUAUUUUCCUA